GUCUUCACGACGGAAAUCGCAAAACAUGUACAUACUGCCCCACGAGCAGGAGAUAUUUCGGUAAUGGAAAAUUCCCGGUGGAUGCUUUUGAAAUUCAGGUCUGUCAUAUAGCCUGGAUACAAAUUUAGUUUGCUUACGCUUGGAGAAUAUUCACUUAACGUGAAAAUUGUGUCUUCCCUUCAUUCAUCCUUUUCCAUGAUCGGCCCUAGCACUGAUAGCCUAGUUAAUUAAACAGAGUUCCUCAUGGAUAACUUUCCUGAACAACCACUUCCUCCUGGUGUUCCGUUUCUCCCAAAUGCUGCAUCAAAUUCAGCUUCUUCAGUUCCAUCUGUCCUGUCUCUUCCUCGGCCUAUUAACUACACUGUGAGACCUCAUCAUUUUCACAAUUCAGGCAGCAGUCUGUUCCCUCUCCCUCAAUCUAAUGCAUCCUUUCCUCCUCCUAGUCAGAAUCUAAAUCCACAUUCUCAUGCAUCACAUCAAUUUCAUUUUCCACCUUUUGUUCCACAUCCAUCAGAACCAAGGCCUAGUAACUUCCAGACCAACACCAUCCUCAAACCUAGUAUGCCAAUAUGCCCAAAUCUAAGACAGCAGGCUCCUGGUUCAAUCACAUCGCCUGGGGCUGUUCAUAGUGUGAUGCACCAUCACUUUGACAGUAGAAACUCUCAGUUUGUACCAGAAAACUCUCAACAAGCAAACUUUGAGGCAUCAAAUCAUGUAAAUCAUCCAGGAAAAGUUGGGUCCUCUGAAUCUUCCAAUACAUGUAAGGAUGAUUCAUUGAGUUCAAUUCAGCUCAGCGUGUCCAUGGAUCAGCAAUCACGAAGACAAAAUGUAAUGGGUGAGGAAAUUGCCCAGCAGAACAAGAAGCAGAAAAUCAUAGAAACAACAGUGGAAGCGAAAUCAAUUUCAGAUGGUGAUCUUAAUGGAAAUUAUGAAACCAAAUAUAGUUCCACUUUUUCAUCGGUUGAUCAAGAAUCUGAUCAUUGCCCUCAUCCACAGAAAGAGUCAAACCUUUCUCAAGAAGUUCAUGAUGCUUCUGCUAGGUACUCACGGUUGUUGGGAAAUGGUGAUGAUAUUGAAACUGCUGCUCAGGAUGCUGUGCUGCAUGAGCAAGAAAUUGCUACCCAACAAAUUAUACAGAGUCAAAGGCAAUCAAGAGGAUCUACUGGAAUUGUGGAGGAUACUAAAGACAUUCUUUUUGGACGCCGUGACACAAAUGCUUUGAAGGAGGUUCUGCUGAAGAUGGCCACAGACCAUCGUGCAGAAAUGGCUUCAAAACGUGGGAACUCUGUGCUUCCUGAGAAAGGAAAUGUAGAAAUUGGAAAUGGCUAUGGUGUACCUGGUGGAGGUGCUUAUUAUGGUGGCCCAAGGCCUUCUAUCACCACAUCUGGAACUUCCGGGUCUGAAAUUCAUGAAGGCGGCCAGAAAAAUCCUGAGCUAGAGGAGAGUAAAGGGGAGCCAAAGGCUGUGACAGGAGCAUUGCCAGAAUACUUGAAGCAGAGGUUGAGAGCUAGGGGUAUUCUUAAAGAUAACACAGCUAAAGAGUGUUCGGCAUCAGCUAAAAAUAAGUGGGGGAAUCAGUCAGCAGAAACUGUAGCAGUUGUAAGAUUGCCUCCUGGAUGGGUGGAGGCAAAAGACCCUGGAAGUGGUUCUGUAUAUUAUUAUAAUGAAAGUACAGGGAAAAGCCAAUGGGAGAUCCCAGUUGAAUCUGCUACUGUUCCACAAAGCCCAAUGCCUUUACCGCUGCCACAAGAUUGGGAAGAGGCAUUGGAUGAGACAACAGGUGAAAAGUACUACUACAAUACAAAGACACAUGUUUCACAAUGGGAGCGGCCAGAUUCCUCAGAUCAGGUCUCUUCACAACAGAUGGAUAAGAUACAUUCAAGAAAUGUGACCAAUUGCAAUGGGGAUGAUCAGUCGUCCAUGACAAAGAAAUGCGCAGGAUGUGGUGGAUGGGGACUUGGGCUUGUCCAGACAUGGGGUUAUUGCAACCAUUGUACAAGGGUUCUGAAUCUUCCGUACCAGCAGUAUGUGGCCCCCCAUCUAAUUGAUCAACGGCAGAUCAGCAAUACUGCAAAUACCAGAGAAAAUUCACGCAAAAUGGAAUCCAAGCAUAGGUCUACUUCGAAACCGCCAAGUGGAAAAGGCAACAAAAAAGACUUCAAGAAACGUACAUUCGCUGAUGAUGAGGAAUUGGAUCCAAUGGACCCAAGCUCUUACUCUGAUGCUCCUCGUGGCGGCUGGGUUGUUGGUCUGAAAGGAGUGCAACCACGAGCAGCAGAUACCACUGCUACGGGUCCUCUCUUUCAGCAGCGUCCAUACCCUUCACCUGGUGCUGUCCUCCGAAAAAAUGCUGAAAUUGCCGCACAGUCCAAGAAACCAAACUCUCAUUUUGCACCCAUAUCGAAGAAGGGAGAUGGAAGUGAUGGACUUGGUGAUGCAGACUGAGGUCAUCUGUAUUAUGUCAGUCAAUGAUAUGUAUCAUUCAAAAUUGAAUUUGCAGUGCCAUUGAUAUAACCCAAGUUGAGUGAGCAUCAAAUAUAGUGAACUCAUUGAGUGUUUUUUUUUUGUUGCCAAUACAGAGUGCUGUAUUAUGGCUCUGCUGCUCGACUGUACCAUGUUAGGUGAUCCAUGAUCAGUAGUAUGUUCGAUGAGAUCAGUACUAUGUUCGAUGAUCUAUGAUAGCAUGAAUUGAGCUGGAUUAUAGCCAACACAAAUCAAUUGCUUAUGGAUCAGUGAUCUCUUUCAGCAAACAUUAAAUGUGCAUUUCAGGUCAUGAUACAGAGUUGGGUGAAGUGAAUCUCAUUUAUGAACUACUUUGGAUCUUGGCUUUUGUAUCAGCAAAGCAAUGAGAGGUCUUUUAAGUGUAAUCA